CCACUUUUAUACACACCAAAUUUGCACAACACACAGUACGCGCGCCCCGCAGUAGAAAACUAUCAAGCCAUUUUUUUUUUUUUCCAAUGCCACCUUUUGCCAUUAAUGAGAAUAUAUUUCAAGCUUUUGCUUUUCUCCACUCUUCUUCUUCUCCUUCUUCCUCAUUGAUUUGACUCAUUUUCUCUUCCCAUUUCUUUUUUCUCUCGCCUCUUCAUCUUCAUUAAUCAUCUCCCACACACUUACCAAGAACACUAGUAAAGUAUCAAACGUCAAUCUCUCUCUGUUUCUUUUUUCUUUUCCUUCUUUUGUUCAGUUCUAUUCAGCCCAGGAUCAGGCUUUUUGGGUGGGGGUUGGAGGGCAGGUGUCAUAUUUUUAAGGGGUUGUUUUGAUUUGUUUAGGGCUUUUUGGUUGUCGGUUCGGUGGAUUUUGGUGGUAUGUAAGGAUGAGUACUGCACAGGAGAAGCCUGUGGUGCGGAGUGAUGGGGAGCAUGUUGCUAUUUCUCUUAAGGCUGAUGACCAAUUCAAUAUAACUGAAGAAAAGACCCAUGCUCAUCAUUGGAAGAAAAAUAAUCUCUCUCUACAAAUACCCUCAAGAUCAUUGGAAGAGACCUCUGAGGAUGCUGUUUUGAUAAAGAUGCCUCCAACUCCUAGUCCGAAUCCUAGAAAAGUGAACUUUCUCUUGACACCGAAUAUUGCAGAUGUUAGAACUGCUGGGUCCCCUGGCCCUUCAUCAUCUAGAAGCAAAUCGUCCUUAAAGACUUUAUUAACAAAAGUAAGCUUCAAAUAUCGAAGUUAUAAUUCAGAUGUCGAGAAGACGCCCAAUGUAGCUCCAGAAGCUUCACCUCCCCUUCUACGAGAAAAGGCUUCAAUAUCAAGGUCAUUGUCGCUCACAAAGAUAUUUACUCCUAAGAUAAAGAGAACAUCGUCACUGCCUGUAACUUCGAUUACACAUGCAAACUCCAUGCCUACAUGUGGUGAAAGUGUUGGUAGCUUACAGACUUCAAGUAGUACGGAAUCCCAUUGCCAUAUAUCUCGUUCUCUUUCAGUACCCGCAAACAACAAGGACGGAAGCAUAAGGAGAAUGGAUUCAUUUUUCCGAGUUAUUCCUUCAACACCCCGAGUAAGGGAAGGGGAUGACUUGUCAACUGCAUCUCCAAUUGCUGACCCUGAAGACAGCAAUGCUGAUGGUGAAGACAUUCCUGAAGAGGAGGCUGUUUGUCGAAUAUGUUUGGUUGAACUGUGUGAAGGAGGCGAAACAUUAAAGAUGGAGUGCAGCUGUAAGGGUGAACUUGCUCUGGCCCACAAAGACUGUGCUAUAAAGUGGUUCACUAUCAAAGGUAACAAGACCUGUGAUGUGUGUCGACAAGAGGUUCAGAACCUACCCGUGACUCUCUUAAGAAUCCAAAGUACUGCACAUAAUAUGGCCGGUAUUCGAGCUCUACAUGGAGAUCUUAAUGGAUAUAGGGUUUGGCAGGAGGUACCGGUGCUUGUAAUUGUCAGCAUGCUUGCCUACUUUUGUUUUCUUGAGCAGCUUCUGGUUGGCAGAAUGGGUACUGGUGCUAUUGCUAUAUCUCUUCCAUUUUCUUGUGUACUGGGUCUCCUGGCAUCCAUGACCUCAUCGACCAUGGUGAGGAGAAGAUUUGUCUGGGUUUACGCGACAAUACAAUUUGCUCUGGUGGUUCUCUUCGCCCAUAUAUUUUAUUCUGUGGUUGGCGUGCAAGCAGUUCUCUCAGUUCUCCUCGCAACAUUUGCCGGAUUUGGUGUUGCAAUGAGCGGGAGCUCAAUUCUCGUCGAGAUCCUAAGAUGGAGGAGAAGAUGGCAAGCUAGAUCACAGCAUUUGCAAAUGAUGGCACAACCUGGUCGAUUCCCAAGACCUGCAGCUCCAUUGAGGACAUUGACACCACCCCAACCUCCCAAUGAUCAGCAGCAAAGUGGACAGGGAAGUUCAGAAACUUUCCAUGGGAGCUGAAAUUGAGUCAAACCAAAUAGGUUUCUUGUGUCUGAUCUGGUUGAAGUCAAAACUAAGAUGAAUCCGAUCAGUCAAUCAAUGAUCUUUUCUGCUUGUGUAUCAUAAUAUAUAAAUUUCAAUAGGGUCUAAAAAGGUUUCUUUUUGAGUUAUAAGCUGAUUGAUAAAAGAGGGUUUCCAACAAAUUUAUUAUGCCUGUUUGGUUUUAUUAGGGUUCUUCUCAAUUUCAGAUCUCUUGCCAUGGAGAUUUUCUUACACAUAUUAUACUGUCAAUUGACUACAGUUUAUUUGGGUUUGUAUCUACAAACAGGAAUGAAGAGUGAAUUGCUCUCUGUACUAUUGUGGUGGUGCAUUUAAGUU